AUGGCUACAUCGGUAGUUAGAGUCGGCGUGGCCGCCAUCAUCAGCGAUGGCCAAGGCCGGGUGGUCAUCGGCGUUCGUAAGAGUACUUCUCAUGGCACCGGGCAGUGGCAAUUUCCGGGCGGUCAUCUCGAAAUGGGAGAGAGCUUCUUUGCCUGUGCUGAGCGGGAGACCCUCGAGGAGACCGGCCUGGUCGUCAAGGCUGAGAAGAUGAUUGCCGCGACGAACGACAUCUUUGACCCCAAGUCGAAACACUACAUCACUGUGUUUGUGAAGUGCAGACGGGUUGAUGAGACCCAGGAGCCUGUGUGCGAGUCCUGGUCGUGGAAGACCUGGGCUGACGUCAAGGAGAUGCUCGCCCGGGAGGGAGGAGACCAAAAGAUUUUUCUGCCUAUUGUCAACCUUGUCAGGGAUCAUCCUGACAUUGAGUCGCUGGUCUAG